GUGAGAAGCGCACCGUCGAGAUGCCCACGGUAUGCCAACUGAACUCGGUGUUGGCCGGCAGCGCGCUGCUGGUCGGCUUGGGGCUGUUUAACCUGCUGAGCUCCAGCCCCAGCCGAUAUGGCAAACACCUGUUGCCCUUGGCUACCCAGUUGCCUGCCCGCAUAGCCUGGUUCCUCCAGGAGCUCCCCUCUUUCGUGGUGCCCGCUGGGCUGCUUGCCUGGCAGGGCCCGCUCUUCAGCCGGCCAGGGACCUUACUGCUUGGCCUCUUCUGCGGACAUUACUUCCACAGGACAUUCAUUUAUGCCUUCCUCACCAGAGGAAGGCCCUUUCCACUAGAAAUGUUUAUUCAUGCCCUUAUCUUCUGUACCCUGAAUGGCUUCUUUCAAGGAUACUAUUUAAUUUACUGUGCUGAAUACCCUGAUGAAUGGUUCACUGAUGUCCGAUUUACUUCAGGUAUCCUUUUAUUUUUCUUGGGAAUGGCAAUCAACAUUCACAGUGACUAUUUAUUGCGCCAGCUCAGAAAGCCUGGAGAAAUCUCCUAUAAGAUUCCACAAGGAGGCUUGUUCACUUACAUUUCUGGAGCCAAUUACUUUGGUGAGAUUGUGGAAUGGAUUGGCUAUGCCAUGGCAACCUGGUCAUUCCCAGGCCUGGCCUUUGCCUUUUUCUCAUUAUGUUUUCUUGGAAAACGAGCUUAUCAAAGUCACAGGUUCUAUCUCACGAAGUUUCAAGACUACCCUAAGUCUCGGAAAGCUCUAAUUCCUUUCAUCUUUUAAAACCACAGAUGAUAGAAAAGAAUGGAAAACUUUCAAGCUGCUGAACUUCACAACUGAGUAACAUUGUAAAUAAUAAUAAUAAUAAUAAUAAUGAUAAUCAUAAUAGCCUUUAUAGAAAGCUUUUAAAUUUGCAUAGUGCUGUGCAAGUAUUAUCUCCUUUGAUUCUCAUAACAACCCUGUAAGGUAGAUGCUAUUAAUAUUACUAUUUUACAAUGAGUUAACUGAGUCUGAGAGAAGUUAAAUAAAAUUUGCUAGUCAGUGUUUUAGGAAGGGUUUACAAUUUAAAUCUUCCUAACUCUAUGUGUAGCACUCUAGCCGCUGUGUAAUAGCUGACAUAGCUUAUGGCUUGAAUUCACUGAGCUAAGCCUUUUAGUCUAAUGACCAGAGGCCUGAUUAUGUCUGAGUGGUAUACCUUUCCAUCUUGCUGGCCACACUCAACAUCCAACAUUAAUGUCACCAUUUUCUUUCAAAGCCUGAUCAAUGUUCCUUCCCAAAUGGGCACUCUUUAUGGCCUCUUCUGAAACAUAAAGUUCUCUCUCUCUGUAUGUGUGUGUAUGUGUGUAUAUGUGUAUAUACACAUAUACAUAUAUAUUCAUAUGCAUAUAUAUAUAUAUAUAUAUAUAUCCUCUUGCCCAGCUGCAAAGACUUAUUGGCUAAAUCAACCCUAACCAGCUCUCUUCAUGAAAUUAAAAAGUGAAAUUGACAGUUAAAAACAUUCAGGAUCCCAGUGCCCCCUCCCCACUCAAAAAAACUCUGUGUGUGUGUGUGUGUGUGUGUGUGUAGAGGGUGGAGAGAUCAUCACCUCUCAUUCAUUACUACAUUAACACUUCAAAGAUCCACGAUUUCACCGAUGUGGGUAUGCCUUCCACCAAAGGAGGUGACUUUGUAACUUAGUAGCUAAUCUUCAUGGGUUGCUUUUAGAGAGGCAGUGUGGCAUGGUGAAUAAAAUGCUCAUCAGGAUAAUCUGAAUUUGAAUCCUGCCUCUGUUAUUUGCUAGCUAUGUAACUGUGGAUAAGUUACUUGACCUCUGUACCUCAUUUUCCUCAUCUGUAAAACAAGAGGCUUAGACUAGGUGACCUCUAUGGUCCUCUUCUGUUCUAUAAAAGCAAUUGCCUUCUUGUGGCCAGCUCUCUGAUGCUGAACUUCUCUGAAUUGACAUAGGCCUGUAGACUAUUCCUUGGAGAAUAUCCAGGGCACCUGUCACUGACACUGGCCUUGGGCAGUUGCAGAAUAAGGACAGUGGCAGAAGUGAAAGAGGAAGAAAAAUUAAUGUCAAAAUAUGGGUAGUUUUUGAGUUUUCGCCUUCCCCCACCCUCCUGAAAAAACACACUUUUUUCCUCAAGGAAACUUUUAAAGUAAGCUUUUGGUGGAUUAUUUCAUUGGAAAUGAGACUUACAGAAUAAGGCAUAGGUCUCAAUCACCUCCAUUACAGAGAGAUCUAUAACUGUAAAAGGAGGCAGUGGUUGUUGUAGGGAUGAUCAAAGAUGACUGGCAUCCAUGCUAUGUCAAGAAAUCUAUAGGAAGUAUCUUGGGUGUAUCUUUUGUGAAAAUUUUAUAGAAGGAUGUGAACAAGGAUAGUGGCAUAAUACAAGAAGGUAUUGGUGGGUACCCCCCCCGCCCCAGAUGAUUAUCACUGAUCUGUUUGAAGAUGAUAAUGAAUACUGCCCCACUUUACUUAAAAAGUAAUUUAAAAUGUUUAAUUAAAUUUAGUUAAAACAAGAAUAAAUGUUUAAUUUAAUGUCUUCAUUAUUACCUUCAUUUCCAAAUAUACCUACCCCUCCCAUCUAACUAUAAUUCAUGCCUUGUAAUGAAGAAUAAAAUAAUAAAAAAGCAGUUAGGCAAAACCAACCAAUGCAACAAUAAUUAACAGUAUAUGCAGCAUUCUACAUCCAUAGUCUCCCACCUCUGCAAAGUCGGGUAGGAGAUCUUGCUUUACCCUUAUUAACUAUAACUUAGAUAUCUUUUAGCAGAGAGAAACUUGUACUCAUUCAUGAAUAUAAUGAGGCUUUACCCAAUGUCAUGCCAAGUCAAGGUUUCAGCCAUGGCCUGGGAAUCUGUAUGAAUCUUCACAAUUCCAUUUGGAGAUAUCAUCACCCUAUCCAUCUCUCACUCCUCCAAACACACACACAAUACAUAUGCAUACACACAUGCACACAUACAUGUACACCAUUGUCAUGAUUUGUAGCUCAGAUGUUCAUAAUCCCCAGAAAUGACCCUUGAUGGCUGAUGGGCAAGUAGAGAAAUGCCAGCCACCUUAUCUAGGGCAGGUCCUCUUUCUAGUUUUAGAGCACUGCUGGAAUUCUGUAAAUAGGAGGAAAGUGUACUUUGAAGGAAAUGAGUCAUUCAGCUGAAAUACAGGCUAAUUUACUUUUGAGGGGGAAGUAGUAGUAGAAGUGAUGUUGACCCAAGGCUAAGAAGCCUCAGGUGCUAGUGCUGACUCUGGCCUUUCGUUAGUUGUAAGACCUUGGACAAAUCUCUGAAGCUUCAUGGGUUUUAGUUCCCUCGUGGAGGAAAGAAGAGACGGAGCUGGAGAACAGAUAUGGAGAGAUGGAAAGAAGAGUCAAUCAACUAACAAACACUUAUUAGGCCACAACUAUGAGAGGCAGUGUGGUGUUGUGAAUAGAAAGCUGGAUUUGGAGACAGAAAGACCUGGGUUCAAUCCCCGUGCCUAACAUAUGUUGGCUGGGUGACUUGGGAAAAUCACUUACCUUCUUUGCAGAGGACAUGCUGACCUGCAUUGGUAGAGCAUGGUUCCUUGUGGAGAGUUCCCUGUACCAGUGACAUCACAAGUCCAGUACCUCUUCCUAGGUGCUAGACAUUGGGGAUACAAAGACAUCCUACCCUAAAGGAACUUAUAUUCUAUAGGGGAGAUAGUAUUACAUAUAUGAGUUUGGCUUACCUGCCCUGCCUAUCUCACAGAGCUGUAAGGAUCAAAUGAGCUGAUGUAUGUUAUAUGACUGUGCAUUGUAAACCACACAAUUUAUAGGUAAGAUAGGUAGAUGAUAAAAACAAAGCCAAUGCAAAGCACUGAACACAGAGGCCCUUAUGAACUUUGCUUGCCCCAGAUGACCAGCAGCACCUCCUCCAGGGGGAUGGGCAUUACAAAACUCUCCAAAAUGUUAAUUUAGAAUCACAGAAUCUCAGAAUUGGGGAGGUCCUUACGGGAUCAUGUGCUCUUAACUUCCUCUAGAGUAGGGGUUCUUUAACUUUUUAUGUCAUGAACCCCCUUGGCAGUCUGGUGAAGCCUAUGGACGCCUCAGGAAAGUGUUUUUAAAUGCAUAAAAUAGAAUC